UGAAGAGUAUGUUUGCCACAAAACAUUUAAUGAACUGUAGAAGAUCGAACGGCACAUAGAAUAAAAGUUGAAUUUCUAUGAUCGAAAAUGGAUAGACAGUCUCCACAGAGGGAAACACAUGGACUGCAUGCACAAGAUAAAUCAUUCAGCCUAUCUGCAGAAACACUAAGUAACAAUCAGAAACAGCAUGGUUCAUGCAACCAGAAACAACUUGAGGUUGGCCAAGCUAAUUUGGAUACAACCACCCUGUUGUUUGUUAUCAAAUUAUGUGGCCCGGACUACCCCGACCUUGUUACCAAACUCAGAAGCUAUGUGGAUGCACCUCAAAGACUGAGCUCAGCUGAAGGCAUGGGUUUUCCAAGAAUCUGUCACAAUCAGCUCAAAGAAAAUGAUGAUAGCUGUAACAUGCUGCUUGUACCUGAAUCUCGAAGAAGCUUAGAGUUUGAACCAAGUUAUGAAAAUGGGAAAAACAAGUUUGAGAUCCUAAUUAAUAAAUUACAGGAGCUUGUAGAAAACAUUAAAUCAUUACUCUAUCACCUGAAAUAUUCUUUGAAAGAAUUUCCAUACAUUGUCAAAACAAGGAUGGAAGAGAAUCUGGUUGAAGCAAACGACCUCCAACAUGUUGCAUGUAUUGACGAUAAUAAAAAUCAAAUUGAAGAAAAGCGGAAGAUGAUUAAAAUACUUUGUGAAGACGGUUGGAAACAGAUGAGUAGAUUUUAUGAAGAGGUACAUAUUUUAGUCAGUGAGUUGGACAAAUAUACAUCAUCUAAUGACAAUGAACCUCAAAGCUUGAGUUCGGCUGAAGGCAUGGGUGUGCCAAAAAUUGAUGUCAGUCAGCUAAGAGAAAAUGUUAUAACCUAUUCUCAAAAAAGCCUGUAUUUAGCGUAUUUAAGUUAUGAAGAUACUAAAAAUCAAGCUAUCAAACUCAAAUGCUCUAUGGAUAAACCUUCCCAGCAGACAGCAUCACUUAAAGACAAUGAAGCUCAAAGCUUGCGCUCAACUGGAGGCAUGGGUGUGCCACAAAAAUAUUCCAAUCAACUAAGUGAAAAUUUUAUAACUUACUCUCCAAACAGCCUUUGUUCAAAACCAUGUUUUGAAGAUGGUGAAAAUCAAACUAUCAAACACGGAUACUGUAUGGAUAAACUUUCCCAGCAGGCAGAAUCACUUAAAACUAAUGAACCUCAAAGCUUAAGUUCAGCUGAAGGCAUGGAUAUACCACAAACUUGUCCUCCGUUUCGGAGAAUUUGGUAAUAAAAUAAUCAUUCAAACAAUUGAGAAUCUGAUAGAAGUAAAAUAUUUGUUCCAACUUUAAAAUUGGAGGCUACAGGCUUUGCAACAAAAAUUGUUGUCAUUAUCUCCGAUCAGUUUUAUCAGAAUUAACAAGCACAUUAAAUCAGCGGUCUCGCCAGCUAUACUUAAGCGUGGCGGGACCGCCACGCUUGGGCAAAUGAACGAAAUGACCGUCACACUUAGGCAAAAUAUUACACCACGCUGAAAAUGUUAGCGCCACGUUAAAAAAUAUGGACUAAGUAAUUUGAUUCAAAACAUUACAACAAUAAAUACCGAAGUCUCAAACUGCAGGCAGUUCUACAAUGUUGCCAUGGGGAACAGUACUUGUUCAAUCGCAUAUCGUAAGGCACUGCCUUCAAUGCAAGCAUAAAUGGAGAAUCUCUUUCUACGCCGCCUGUGCGUGCAAGUAGGUACCUGUGAACUAAUUGAGGUCCCUGGUCAGCUAGUAGAUACAGUUACUUGCGUGUAGAUCGCAAAUUUUUUCUAUGAACAGUGAUUUAUAAAUCAACAUUUAGGUAGAUUAAUUGAAUUUCCAUGGAUUCAUGUGCAAUACGAUUUUUUUCAAAUUCAAUAUUAAGUAUGAACAAUUAAGGAUUUCAUUAAAUCAAUGGACCCUCAUAAACACAACAAACUGAACGUUUAAUAGGAAUAUUCUAGACCUAUUUUAAAGACUCAAGGAACAAAUUUAGAUGUAGGCCUACGGCAAGGCAGGAGGCCGCCCAGGCCUCCUCCUACUACUACUACUAGACCUAGUUAUGAAAUCAUUGCACAAUUUUACCUGUCAGCAUGCACCGACCUAAAAGGACGUCAGUGACUGUAUUCUCUCUCGAAUGCUGAAAUGUUUAUUUCUUUGACGAAAGUCUAUCAAAAUAGCAUUACAAACAAGUUCUUUCUAACACAAUACAAAUUACAAUAGUUAUUCAUCGUAUCCGUACUGUACUGCUGAUGUGCAGUUAAUUAAACACGUACUGCAGGAGCAAAAAUCAGCAUAUGCACAGCUAACUGUAAAUACGCACAUGUAUACUAUUCACAUCACUAUAGCAACCGAUGACUACUACAACAGUUGGUUAUAAAAAACUAAAAUUAAAAGAAGGCGAUUGACUUAUAAAGCAAUUAGUAGAGCAUGCAUCG